UUAGUAACUAUAAUGUAGAUAACAGCGGCUUGAAAGGUCGAAUUAAGAGAAUGCUCGCUGUCUUUACACUAACGUCAUGUUAAAGCUUAGCAGCCACUUAGUGUCGGCUGUCUGUUGCUAUGGGCAGAGGCAUGUCUCCAGAGGAUGACCUCCAUAGUCCCCCCCUUGGUUUCAGCUCUACCAGGGAUGAUGCCACUCUGAGCUGUGGGGAUCUAGCUAGCUCUCAUGAGCUGGGAAGAAGGAGCAGAGCACGCAGCAGUCUCCACACAAGGACCCCAGAGACUGACAUCAGUUGUCAUGGAGACUCUGUCGAUGGAAGAAGUCCUUUCCUGAAAACACUGAUGGAUGCAGAAGCGGCUGCCAACUCUGCUGCCAUACAACUUGUGUCUUUUAAAGACGCCAUGGAGGAUGAAUUUGCUGAGUCAAGACAGUCUGCUGGUGAUAAGCGGCGAGUUUCAAGGCAGAGAGGACUUUUGCUGGAGAAGUUGGAGGAUUUUAGACGAAUAAACAAGUCUGUUCGACAAAAACUGAAACAGCUCCAAGAUGCAGAGGCUGAUCGAAUUGACGCCGGCUGCCAAACUGACAUGUUAUUAAAGAAGAUCACACUGGCUGAGAGGGAAAAUGAGCAUUUAAAGAGAGAUUUGAAUGAGGCAGACAGAAAAGUUGAGGAACUGAUGAAUCUGCGGAGAGAAGAGCAGGAGAAUAUAAAGAGUGCAGUUCACAUGACCAAGUCUGUGGAGGUGACUCGUGCUCACCUGCAGGGGCAGCUGCGCAACAAGGAAGCUGAAAACAAUCGUCUGACUGUGCAGCUGCGGACGGUGGAGAGAACCCUGACCGAGCAAAAGAUGGAGAUUGAUGAUCUGAGAAGCUCCAUCGCCUCUUUGACUGAGAAGGCAGCACAGGACAAGGAAUCUCUCAAGAAAGCGACCCGCGCGCAGAAACUGAGAGCUGAGAGAUUUGAAGCCGCUAUUGAGAAAUGCUAUGCUCAAUUAAAGGAAAAGGAUGCUCAGCUGACCAAGGCCCGUUUAGAACAAGACUCCAGGAGAAGGCAAAAAGAGAGGGAGGCAGAGGAGAAAGAGAAACUUGUAGCUCAUACAGAGCUGUUGAAAAGUCAAAUUGCGGACAUGACAGCGAGGCUGCAGAUGGAGAAGGAUGAGCUCACUGCGGCUAAUGAAAUUGUGAUGCAACGCGUUGAAAAACUCAGCGCUGAAAACGGAGACCUCAGCGUCAAUAAUGCAACACUGAAGGUGUCUCUCGCUCAGCUGGAGCAGCAACUGGCUGAUUGUGAGUCUGCCCUGGUAGAAGAAAAGGUUUCGUCUCAGGAGAGGAAACAUCAGGCCGAACAGUGCCAACAUGAGGUUUCACAACUUCAAGCUGAGAUAGAUGAUCUGAGGAUGAAAUAUGCAAAUCUUUUAAGAGAGGCAGAGAGGACACGGGAUGGAAAAGAUGCAGAAGUUGAGAAGGUGAGGCAGGAGCUGCAGGGGCGUGUGGACGAACUGAAGUCUUACCCUGAGUUACUGAGCGCAGCUGAGCAGAGUCUCUUCGAGUGCCAGGAGAACCUGCGCCGCUCAGAGAGGAAGUGCUCAGAAAAGUCAGAGUCCGUUAAGCAGCUGCAGGUUAAGAUGGAGAGUCAGGCAAAACUGCUGAGAUCAUCUGUGGAGAUGAAGGAGUCCAUUCAUGAUGCCAAUUUACAACUACAGGACAAAGUGAAUUCCCUCCAAACGAGGAUGGACAAGCUGCAGCAGGAGAACCUGGAGCUAGUACGGAGGCUCGCAGCUCAGGAAGAAGCUCUCAGCUACAGCAACCGGCAGCUGGAUCAACGCUCGUCAGAGUGCCAGGCCCUAAGCCGGCAGCUGGAGGCAGCUCUGUCGGACGUCAAACAUCAGGUCGACAAGGUAAAAGGCCAGGCUGCUGCCAGAGACGAGGCCCUUCAGACCAAAAUCUUGGAGCUGGAAGCCGAGAAGAGCAGGAGGGAAAACGAGCUGAGGCUUCUCCGCCAGAGCAAGCUCACAGCGGAGAAGCAGUUCCAGGUGCGUCUGAAGGACCUGCAGCUCAGCCUGGACCAAUCAGAGAGCCACAAGCAAAGCAUUCAGAACUACGUGGAUUUUCUCAAAAACUCUUACACAACAAUGUUUGAUGAGGGCCUGCAAUCAUCAACCUUUGGAUCAUCAUAUUUUCUAAAAUGAUUAAGUAUGAAUUUGUUUGCAUUUUUUAAAAUUAAUUUAUGCUGUUUAUAAGGGCUAUUUAAAAAUCAGAAAAGAGGAAGAGUUAUUCACCUCUACAUGUAGCUGAAAAUCUGGGACUUUUCUCCAGCCAGAUAUCAGGGAAAUCUGCUGUUGUCGUCAGAGGUUUUGAUAGCUGUUUUUAGAUCAUCACGUUAUUUUUACAUUUUUUGGAUUGUGAACUCUUGGUGCUACUGUGUCUUAUUCUGCUCGCUCACUGUCAUACUGUCAUACUGUCAUGUCUUAGUGGGAUAGUCAAAUGCAACGGAGCCAUCAUUAAUGUUAUAAGUAUCACCUGUACUUUACUUAAUAUGACAAGUCAAAAUGUUUGUUGUGAAAAAAGGCCGAUGCAUCA